AUGCCUAAAUCUUCUAAAAUUGAUGAAUCUCGCGUUGCCGAGGCCUGCGAAGCGGCCAAUGCCCUCAAAAAGCCGAAUAUAUCGCGAAUUGCACGCGAAUUCGGCGUUCCCUAUCAAACCCUCUAUCGACGCGUCCGUGAGGGUAGAACGUCGAUUUCAGGUCGAAAACCUACCAAUAUGGCCCUGAAAGAUGAACAGGAACAGGCAUUAGUAGGCUGGGUCCUGUUUAUGGAGAGUGUGAAUAUGCCUAUUACGCCUGCUAUCUUGCAAGAUGCAGCAAAUGCUAUCUUUUUGCAUGCACAAAAGGAUGCACAACCACUAAGCAAAAUGUGGGUAUAUCGCUUCAUGAAACGUCACAAGAACCUUAAACCUAUCUCCCAAAAGCCAAAGGAUGAUAAGCGUAUCUCUGCGGAAGAUGCUGGAGCUCUUGAACAGUGGUAUAACAGCCUGGCAAGGGUUACUAGGAACACAGAAUAUUCUGAGACUAUAACAGCACUCGAAUGUAUUGCCGCUGAUGGCUGGUCAAUGGCUCCAUUUUACAUCUUCAAAGGCCAGGUUCCUCAGGAAGAUUGGUAUCAUAGCAGCGAGGGUCUUCCAGAGGAUACUAUCACUGCUGUAUCAACAAAUGGCUGGAUUAAUGAUAAUCUAGCCCUUCAAUGGCUUCAUCACUUCCAUAAAGUGACUGCGAAUCGCUAUAAAAAAGGCGAAAAGCGGAUACUUCUAUUUGAUGGCCAUGGAUCUCAUAAGACAUAUGAAUUCAUACAAACUGCCCUCGAUUAUGAUAUUAUACCCUUCUGCUUCUAUCCUCAUUCAACACAUAUUUGUCAACCGCUAGAUGGAAAGCCAUUUUUAGCGCUGAAGCAGCAUUUUAAGAAACAAAAUAACUUGCAUGCCUUCUGGUCUGGUGAGGUCGCAAAGAAAUCUGAAUUUUUGCGUAUUAUCUCUGAGGUUCGGGCUACUGCAUGGAAAAGCCCUCGCAUUAUUCGUGAUUCAUUCAAAGAUCGUGGAAUAUUACCUACAAAUGGUGAUAUAAUAGUUGAGGACCUUGCGAACCAAUUACCUGAGGUAGAUGAUCUAAAUAUAAGCAAUUACGCUCUAUAUGGUGAUACAACGCCGCCACCUGGUAUCGCUUCAUCUUCAUCUGUGCACAGUUCACCUCCUUCAACAAUCGAAAGACAACAAUUGAAUCAUGCAAAAUGUAUAAUACCUACUGCUACACCAAAGCAGCAACGCAAUUUGGACCGGGUGUUACGGCAUGCUCAGAUUAUGGCUGAGAGUGCUGAUAUCCUACGCGAUACAAUUACAAAGAUGACAGCCGCACAAGACCGCUGCUACAAAGUUCCGCAAUCAAUUCAAGAAAAAAUGGGGCCAUUCGCCGCCACCGGAGCCUACAUUGCCAGAUUUAUCCUCAAAUGA